GCGCGAUGCCCGGCGUCGGGUAAAACGCUUGCGGCGUCUAUGCAUGCUCCCGCGUAUCCCCAUUGGAUGAUGCGGGGCAACGUGGCGCCUCACGCUGCCUCCUCAUGGAAGGGAAAAGAAGGUGUACGCACUACGUGCGCGAAUAUGUGCACGAGAAUGGGAGAGGGAGAUUAGGGAACAAAAGGAAGCAAAGGUACGGCAGAGUGUAAGGGAUGAGAGAGAAAGGUGUUGCCGUAGUCCGAGAUACUGAUAAGCGGCCCAUAAAGGUGAGCCCGUGAGCCGAAGCGCCGCAGUGCGCACUCCGGGGCAGUUUGGGGGCCGCGCGUUGGAAGAACACUCGACUUGGCUGCGAGGCGUUCCCAUAUCAAUCAGCCAGCUGCUCGCCUGAGGACGGCGUGCGACAUGCGCAGGUGUCCGGCCCCGUCGUCCAGCUCGAGCCCGCGCGGCGGUGUUCCGUCGCCGUGCCCGUGCGACUCGUCCUCCCCGCGGCUGCUGUCCAAGUUCCGCCAGCGUCGCCACAAGGCCAACGCGCGCGAGCGCCAGCGCAUGCACGGCCUCAACGCGGCGCUGGACACGCUGAGGCGCCGCGUGCCCAUCAACCACCAAGAGUCGGGCAGCGCGGUGCCCCGCCUCUCCAAGAUCGAGACCCUGCGGCUGGCCAAGAACUACAUCGGCGCUCUGGCCGAGACGCUGCGACAGGGCAGUCCCAUGGAGGCCACCGUGUUUGCCCGCCACCUGGCCAAGGGACUAUCGCAGGCCACGGUGAACCUGAUUGCCGGCCAGCUGCGGCUAAGUCCGCGCGCCAUCUCGGUCCCGGACAGCGGCGGCUGCGCCACGCCGUCUCCGGCGCCACACUGGGUCGGCGCAUUAGGGACGACGCCCCCGCAGCCGUCGUCGCCCGCCGUCGUGGACGCCUACGAGAGGCCACCCCGGACGCCGGACGCCACAGCCGCGCUGGUUCAACGGCCACGGCCCUUGGCGCCAUCGACGUAUCCGGGGGCGGCUCCCUAGGUCGCUUCUCGACAGCGGCGCCGCGUUACACUGAGGCUGACUCGAUCAUUUCACUCUCCAACGCGUUUAAGCUCAUUUACGCUAAUGAACUGAGCAGAGAGAUGGGGCGA